AUGGACAGCAGCGAUAAUCGCAGUCCGUCACCGCGGAGGCUCAGUACACUUCACGAAUACACUGAGCCAAAUGAAUCCAUCUACACAGGCGAUCCAGAUGCCCACUCUCUUCACACUCUCUCCACCACGCGAGCUUCGUCGAGCCACACCCAAAAAGAUUCAGACUAUGUUAUCGAAAGUCCACGAAUCGUGCAUAUGUACACUGUGGCACCACCAGCCCCAGCACCUCCCACAGAAACCUGGUUCAAGAAAUUCAGAGAAUCUAAGUGGUUUUGGCCUGCAGUUGCUGCGCUCGUCUUCAUGGUCUUGGUCGUUGUGUUCUCAACAUUUGCGUCUAUCUGGGGCAUGGCGCACAUGACGAGUGUAGAAAUGGUCGAUCAAGGGGUUUUCACAACAACGUCUGUUACAGUCGAAAACGCCCCAGUGACCAUGGGGCAGAACAUUGCAACCGCUACGUCUACAUGCUCAGAUCGGACUUGCUCUGGUGACUCGGUACCAAGUUCGACGUAUGAUGGUCUCAUUAUCAUUCCGGUAUCGAGUACGGCUGCAGCAAAUAGCACAAGUUUCGGUUCAAGGAGAAGCAUGACAUCGUCAAUAUAUAUAGAAGGGCUCACAGCUUCGCCCCAAACAUCUGAAGCAUCAGCUGCACCUACUUCAACGGGUACCAUGCCUUUCUUAGUGGUAGAGACACGAGUCGCCAAUACAUCUGUAGCCGAUAAACGCCAGUUGCUCGAAAGAAGGUUGAUAUCGAAAGGGACGACAGAAGGAUUGGGUAUGGGAACAACGUUGAAGAAACUAGUGCUGAUAUUGAUUGCGCCGUACUUAUUGGGCGUGUGGAGAUGAGGAUCGGACGGUGUGAUGAAG